AUGCGAGAGGCUGCCAGCGUCUCAGCUUCCUCGCUUCACGUAGACGAUUCGGUCGAUGUUGAUGGAUUAAUGAUAUGUCCCGAAAUGGUCGGUAGACCCGAUACCGACAGCAUCACUGUGUUCCUGUUGAUGCGCCUCAAAAGCGACAAUGACCACGAUCGUCCUGUUAGUGGCCUUGAUACUGGUAUCAGUCCCAGAGAGCUGCAAAGCUGGUCUGCUCAAACCAGUCUCACCAAAGUUCGUCUUCCUGUGAAGGAAAUCGAUCCUUACCUGUGCACUCACCUGAUAUACGCCUUCGCAAAACUCGACGUAGCGUCCAAGUCUGUAGUUGCCAUAGACCCAGUAAACGAACACAGCAGGAACGGUGUCUGGGGCAACUAUAAGAAGUUUAACCACCUCAAGUCGAAGAAUCCGAACCUGAAGACUCUGUUGUCAGUUGGCGGUGAAACCCCUGGCAUUGCCGAGGAUUUUUCCACGUUGUCAGCUACGCCAGAAUCCUUGCAACAGUUUGCCAACAACACCAUCAGAUUCUUGAGGGAACAUGGCUUUGAUGGUUUAGAUGUUGACUGGGAAUAUCCUUAUACUUCAACAAAAUCUCGGUUUACAAAUUUUCUCAAGACUUUAAGGAACGAAUUCGACAACGAGGCGAAAGAUCGGGAGCCAUUGUUGUUGACCAUAGCUGCUGCUGCCGGUGUAGAUAAAAUAAGUGCCGGCUAUGACGUAGCGGCCAUCAACAAGUAUGUGGACUACAUCUUCGUGAUGACGUUUGACUUCUACGGGACGUGGAGCCGGGUGGCCGGUUUCAACAGCCCCCUCCGAGCCAAGAAGCACAUCCACUUCUCCCCCGCCUACAACGUGGAGUACGCAGUGAAUGUCUGGAUCAGCCGCGGAGCAGACAGGAGCAAGGUGAUCAUGGGGAUGACGGCUGCAGGAGCCAGCUUCACCCUCAGCGACAAGAACAACCACACCGUCGGGGCCCCCGUCAAGGUCGGAGGGGGUCGCCCUGGAAUACUUUACAAACGAAGAGGGAGACUACUCCUGCCAGAGAUCUGCCUGUCCUUCAGGACGGGUUGGACUCGAGUUUGGGACGAGGAACAGCAGGUGCCCUACGCCUACAAAGGCGACCAGUGGGUAGGCUACGAUGACCAGUACAGCUUCGGCCUCAAGCUUCAGUACGCUAAGGAGGAACAACUUGGAGGAGUCAUGUUUUGGGAGCUCAGUUUUGACGAUCCAAACAACUACUGCAAAAAUGGAUCCUAUCCUUUGCUGAAUGUUGUCAAGAACAAACUUUCCGAUGGCCCUACAGACGCAUCGACUCGAAAACCACUGCACAAAGACGCAGUAGAGGCUUACCAGCUGGGACCACGAAAGUCAAGCCACACAGAGUCAUUUCCUCCAAGAACAUGGAAUAGAAGCCCUAUAAAAGCAUCUCCCCCAAGAACACAAGUGAGAAACCCAGUGAAAGCGUCUCCGUCUAAGACAAGAGUUGAAGCUCCACCAAGGGCACCACCGUCAAGAACAACAGUGAGGGGUCCAGUAAAGACAUCUCCCCCAAGAACACAGGUGAGAAGCCCAGUAAAGGCGUCUCUGCCUAAAACAAGGGUGGAAGGCCCACCAAUGGCACCUCCGUCAAGAAGAAGAGUGAGGGGUCCAACAGAAGCACCUCCAUCAAGAACACGCGUCAGAGAACCAUCUCGAAAGAUGUCACUGGCUAGAGGGGUGAUUGAUCAAUACAUGGCAACAAUAAAGAAAGCUUCUUCAAGAACAAAGUCUGCAACUUCUCCACGCCCGAGCUGGAUAACGCCCCCAAGAAAAAGUGAGGCAAUGGGAAAAAGAGAGACUCACUAUACUAGAAAGUUGGAGACAACGCCAUUGAGAAACUGGGACAUAUUUUUCACAACCAAGAUGCCACAGACCACAGAUGCAGCUGAUGAAACACUUACUUCCCAUGCAACUUUCAGAAGCACGGAUGAACCUCAAUACGCAGAUGAAGGGGAGACAACUCCUGCAAGUAAAGGGGAGAUAACCUUUUCGAAAAUAGGCGAGAUCCAACAGCCCGUACUCAGCUCCUUGUCAGAUCCUGCAGCCCGUACUCAACCCCUUGUCAGAUCCAGCAGCACGUACUCAGCUCCUUGUCAGAUCCAGCAGCACGUACUCAGCUCCCUGUCAGAUCAUACAGCCCGUAUUCAACCCCUUCUCAGAUACUGCAGCCCGUACACAGCUCCUUGUCAGACCCAGAAGCCCGUACUCAGCUCCUUGUCAGAUCAUACAGCCCGUAUUCAACCCCUUGUCAGAUCCAGCAGCUCGUACUCAGCCCCUUGUCAGAUCUAG